CUCUCUCUCUCUCUCUCUUUCACACAAUGGACACUGUUGCUCUCCUCUGCACUGGGGCUCUAUUGGCCGGUGGAGUCUACUGGUUCGUUUGCGUACUUGGCUCCGCUGAACAAAAGGGCAAAAGGGCCGUCGAUCUCUCCGGCGGUUCAAUCUCGUCCGAGAAUGUUCGAGACAAUUACAAUCAAUACUGGUCCUUCUUCCGCCGCCCAAAAGAGAUUGAAACCACCGAGAAAGUCCCAGACUUUGUCGACACUUUCUACAACUUAGUCACCGACAUUUACGAGUGGGGUUGGGGCCAGUCCUUCCAUUUCUCACCGUCGAUCGCCGGAAAGUCCAACCGCGACGCCACGCGCCUCCACGAAGAAAUGGCCGUCGAUCUGAUCAACGUGAAGCCCGGAGAUCGAGUCCUCGACGUCGGGUGCGGAGUCGGUGGGCCCAUGCGAGCCAUCGCGGCCCACUCGCGCGCGAAGGUCGUGGGUAUCACGAUCAACGAUUACCAAGUGAAGCGAGCCCGUAUUCACAACAAGAAAGCCGGGCUCGAUUCGCUCUGCGAGGUCGUGUGCGGGAACUUCCUCGAGAUGCCGUUCCCGGACAACAGCUUCGACGGCGCGUACUCGAUCGAGGCGACCUGCCACGCGCCGAAGCUGGAGGAGGUCUACGCCGAGAUCUUCAGGGUUUUGAAGCCCGGAACUAUGUACGUGUCGUACGAAUGGGUCACCACAGAGAAGUACAGAGGUGACAACCCAGAACACGUGGACAUCAUCCAAGGUAUCGAACGAGGUGACGCCUUGCCUGGUCUCAGAAACUACCUGGACAUAGCGGAGACAGCUAGGAAAGUAGGGUUCGAGGUUGUUAAGGAGCGAGAUCUGGCUCAGCCUCCGGCGCUACCUUGGUGGACUAGGUUGAAGAUGGGUAGGAUUGCCUACUGGAGGAACCACAUUCUUGUGAUGGUCCUCUCUGCUUUGGGAAUCGCACCCAAAGGUACUCUCGAUGUGCACGAGAUGCUUUUCAACACCGCUGACUUUUUGACUCGAGGCGGUGACUCUGGGAUUUUCAGUCCGAUGCACAUGAUCCUCUGCCGAAAGCCUGAGUCACCAGCAUCGUCUUAAGCCAAUGGUGAGGUAACACCUCGGACUCGGUUCAAGAACCCCCUGUGCCAACCGCUUGUUACUUUAGUUUUUUAAAUUUUAUUUUAUUUUAUUUUUUUUUAAUUUUCUUUGCCCCUAAUUUCAAUUUUCUACUCCUUCCUUUAUUUGUAUUUUUUGUUUCUGAAUUUUAAAUUAAAUCUCGUGGUUGGAUUUUGGUUUGUACUCUAGUUUUCUUGUUUGUGCUGUGGCUUAACUGAAGAGCUAGUUUAGUGGAGUCCUCGUUGUAGAUGUGUCUUUUGGGUGACAAGCUCAACUGUAGAAGAUGGUGAAAAGACAUUAUUAAAAAAUAAAAUAAAAUAAAGGAGCUCUAUGAAUUAUCAGUU